AUGUUUUCCAAUUAGCAAUUGAUUGUAAAUCAUUGUUAUUCAAAAACAUAGAUUUUGGAGAUAAUUAUUCAAUCUUCUUUUUAGGAUAAGUGUUCAAUGUAUUGGAUACAACUAUUCAAGAAUUUUUUCAGGAAGAAAAAUCUUCAGCUAAAGCUUGAGAAGAUAUCAAGAUAGUCUAAAUAACUUGUACUAUGUAAAAGGAUUAUUUAUAAACAUUUUAAAUGA